AUGUCGAUACUUAUCGCUGUCAUUGGUGGAACUGGCGCUCAAGGUUCACCCGUCGUCAAAGCACUCCUCUCCCCAUCAAAAGACGGUUCACCAUCGCCUUACCGUGUUCGUGCUUUAACACGUAACCCAAACCAUCGACGUGCAAAGGAGCUCGCCAAUCUUGGCGCUGAAAUUGUUCAAGGUUCCUUCCUCGAUUUCAAAGUCGUCGCAGACUUAUUCCAAGGUGCAUACGGCGCGUUCGUCAACACGGACGGAUUCAGCGUCGGAGAGCAAGCGGAAACAUAUGCCGGUCUCGCUAUUUACGAAAUCGCCAAAUCGAAGAAGAUUCGUCAUUUCGUUUGGUCCAGUUUAGAUUAUUCCCUCAAAGCUGCCGAUUGGGAUCGGACGUACAAGUGUGAUCAUUAUAAUGCGAAAGGGCGCGUUGGGGAAUUUUUGGCGUCUCAGCCUAAUGAGAUUGAGAAGAAGGAUGGAUUGAUGUGGACCGUGUUCACGAAUGGGCCUUACAUGGAUAUGCUCCGUGCAAUCUUCGCACCGAUGAAAAUCCGCGAAGAUGGUACCCGAAUCUUCGUCUCUCCCAUCGGCGAAACCGGUACCAUUCCUCUCAUCGCUCUCUCCGACCUAGGUUGGUGGGUCCGUCACAUCUUCGACUCACCCGAAACGACCACAGGAAGGGAUCUCCAAGUAGCCUCUCACCCUAUCACCUGGCCCGAACUCGUAGAAACGUUCAGGCGAGUGACAGGUCUCCCAGCCGAAUACAAACCGGUGACGAUGGAAGAGUAUUUCGCUCUUUGGGAUGGAGCGGAUCAACCUGUGGCUAAUGAAUUGCAAUACGGUGCGACCAGUUUUCAAGAGAAUUUCAGUGCUUGGUUUGCACAGUGGAGGGAUAAUAAGAUUAAGAGGGAUAUGGAAUGGGUGAGGAGCGUUCAUCCAGAGACGAUGUCUGUUGAGCAAUGGAUGAGGGAAGAGAAUUAUAGGGGUGAGAGUGGUUACAAGAUGUUGAAGAAUAAUGAGGAUUUGAAGUCAAAGUACAAGCCGAGUAGGGAGAAGUUGUCAAGGCUGUAG